UUGCUAACCAAAGCUACAAGAUGGCGGCACCCGAUGGGAAUUUGCACGGCUUUUCUCUUUCUCUCAGACAUCUUUAAUAGACAAGAUGGGAACUUUAUUUUUCGGAUUCUCAACGGAUUGCGAGUGGAAAUGAAUUUGCAUGAGAUGCGUUAGCAUUUGCGCAAAUUUAAAACAAAGGCGGCUCUUAAAUCGGUCUUUUUUUUUGCUUCACCCGGCGGGCUUGUUUUAUUUUGUCGCAGAGCGAAUGCCGCUAAAAUGGCGGCUUCCAUUAGUUGUUAAGCUAAGCUAGCAUCUUAGCUGGCUACAUUUUGUACGGACUUAAAACGCCAAUAUACUACCGAAAAAAAAAGUUUACAACUCGAUGUCGACGGAGGAUUUUUUUCCCUUUUGAUUAAUUUUUAUUUGCUAACCACUGAAACGGCGGCUUGUGUGGCUUUUUCUUUUUUAGAUGAGCUACCAAAACGUAGCUAGCUACAUUGUUGUGACGCGGCUAACACGAAGCCUGAAGCUUUUAUCGUUACUAUAUUUACAGUUUUAAAACUGCUCAAGCGGGGCAGUAAAGUUGGAAUGGACUAGUUCUUUUUUUGUGGUAAAAAGGAGAUUAUUUUCUUGCAUUAGGGGGAAAUGGCUUCUUCUGGUACUAACAACACAUUGAGCGUGUCGGGCUCGGUGUUGCAGCCGAGGUGGAAGCGGGUGCUCGGAUGGUCCGGCCCGGUGCCUCGGCCUCGUCACGGACACCGCGCCGUCGCCAUUAAAGAGCUGAUGGUGGUGUUCGGCGGCGGCAAUGAAGGAAUCGUGGAUGAACUUCACGUGUACAACACAGCGACUAAUCAGUGGUUUAUCCCGGCCGUCCGGGGCGACGUGCCACCUGGUUGUGCUGCUUAUGGGUUUGUGUGUGAUGGCACCCGGCUGUUGGUGUUCGGGGGAAUGGUUGAAUACGGAAAAUACAGCAACGAUCUCUAUGAACUACAGGCUAGUAGAUGGGAGUGGAAGCGGCUGAAGCCUAAAGCUCCAAAGAACGGCCCACCUCCUUGUCCACGCCUGGGUCACAGCUUCUCCCUCGUGGGGAAUAAAUGCUACCUAUUUGGAGGACUUGCCAAUGACAGUGAAGAUCCCAAAAACAAUAUUCCAAGAUACCUGAAUGACCUGUACACACUCGAGCUGCGCCCAGGAUCCAACGUGGCAGGCUGGGACAUUCCCAUCACAUACGGCGUGCUUCCUCCACCUCGCGAGAGCCACACAGCCGUAGUCUACACAGAGAAAACCUCAAAGAAGUCUCGCCUCGUCAUCUACGGCGGCAUGAGCGGCUGCCGCCUCGGAGACCUCUGGACGUUAGAUAUAGACACACUUACAUGGAACAAGCCAACAAUCAGUGGCACUGCUCCUCUCCCUCGCAGUCUUCACUCUGCCACCACCAUAUCUAACAAAAUGUAUGUGUUCGGUGGAUGGGUGCCUCUGGUGAUGGAUGACGUGAAAGUGGCUACGCAUGAAAAAGAAUGGAAGUGUACAAACACGCUGGCAUGCCUAAAUCUGGACUCGAUGAGCUGGGAGACUAUUUUAAUGGACACUCUUGAAGACAACAUCCCUAGAGCCAGGGCAGGGCACUGCUCUGUAGCCAUCAACUCCAGACUGUACGUCUGGAGCGGCAGAGACGGCUACCGCAAAGCCUGGAACAACCAAGUGUGCUGCAAGGACCUCUGGUAUUUGGAGACAGACCGUCCUCUGGCGCCAUCUCGUGUGCAGUUGGUUCGUGCCAAUACAAGUUCUCUGGAGGUGAGCUGGGGUGCUGUGCCCACUGCUGAUGCCUACCUGCUGCAGCUGCAGAAAUACGAAAUUCCAGCAGCAACGACUGCCUCCUCCCCCGGCGUCACUCCCACUUCCUCGCUACCCUCAAACUCACCCAAGAGCCCGGCCCUUGCUUCCCCUGCCUCGCAGAGCAUGCCUGUCACGGGGGUCACCCUUGUACCACAGGUGCCCUCACCUACCACAACUAUGCCUGGGAACCCACUUGCUGCAGCCUCACCGCGUGGUCCAGGUAAAACCAUCUUGAAAGUGGCAGCACCUCAGACCGCCGCUGGGACGUCUAUCGUCACCGUGCGUCAGGCCAGUCAAGUCGGUAAAUCCCCAGUUACAGUCGCGUCUCUUCCUGCUGGGGUCCGUAUGGUCGUUCCUGCACAGAGUGGAGGAACGGCGAUCGGGAGCAGCCCUCAGAUGAGCGGCAUGGCCGCUCUGGCCGCGGCUGCGGCUGCCACGCAGAAAAUCCCUCCUUCGACAACGGCCACUGUUCUGAACGUUCCCGCAGGAACCACUAUAAUGAAAACCGUCGCAGUCACUCCAGGCUCCACAGCUCUUCCUGCUACAGUGAAAGUAGCCUCACCAGUGACUGUGAGCAAUCCAGCGACCCGCAUGCUGAAGACGGCGGCAGCUCAAGCCGGGACUUCUACCAUCACUACCCCCAACACGCCAACACGUCCCAUCAUCACCGUGCACAAAUCGGGCACAGUGACCGUUGCCCAACAGGCCCAGGUGGUCACCACCGUGGUGGGAGGAGUCACUAAAACCAUUACGCUCGUAAAGAGCCCGCUGACUAUGGGCAGCGGUGGCACUCUGCUCUCUAGCCUGGGGAAGGUGAUGUCCAUGGUCCAGACAAAACCAGUUCAGACUUCUGCAGUGACGGGACAAGCUGGCAGUCCUGUCACACAGAUCAUACAGACGAAGGGUCCUCUGCCCGCAGGCACCAUACUGAAGUUAGUCACCUCGGCAGACGGCAAACCCACCACCAUCAUCACUACCACGCAGGCAGGUGGCACUGGCACCAAACCGACCAUUCUGGGCAUCUCCCCUACAAGCACUACCAAACCUGGCACCACCAUUAUUAAGACCAUUCCGAUGUCCGCUAUUCAGCAGGGAGCUGCGGGUACUACCUCUGGCACUGGUAUAAAGUCUCCUAUUACAAUCAUCACAACAAAAAUGGUGACGCCUGGCACACCAGGAAAGAUCAUCACUGCGGUGCCAAAACUGGCUGCUGGAACUGCGCAGCAAGGAUUGACUCAGGUGGUCCUAAAGGGGGCACCAGGGCAGCCUGGCACCAUUCUUCGCACUGUGCCCAUGGGUGGUGUGCGUCUUGUUUCUCCUGGUACCGUGUCUGCUGUCAAACCCACGGUUACCACACUUGUGGUUAAAGGCACCACAGGAGUAACUACUCUUGGCACUGUGACUGGAACAAUUUCAACCAGCCUGGCAGGGGGCAACGUUGCCACUGCUAAUUCUAGUCUGGCUACUCCCAUAACCACCCUGGGCACCAUCGCCACACUCUCCAGCCAAGUGAUCAGCCCCACAGCAAUCACAGUGUCUGCACCCCAGACAAACCUGACUACUGCACCUACGGUGGCCAUACAGGCAGCUACCCAGCCCACUCAAGUGACACUGAUAAGCACCCCCAGUGGUGUGGAGGCACAGCAGGACCUCCCUGUGUCAAUUCUGGCUUCCCCCACAUCUGAACAGCCCUCUACCACGGGCACUGAUGCGGGCGACGCCCCGGGCGAAGUCACACUGGUCUGUUCCAACCCACCAUGCGAGACCCACGAAACCGGUACGACCAACACGGCCACCACCGUCUCUGCCAACAUUGGAAACGAGCGUGUGUGUUCAAACCCACCCUGUGAGACACACGUGACCGGAACGACCAACACGACGACCACGGCGUCGUCCGACAUGGGCCGCGUGCAACAAGUAUGCAGCAACCCACCAUGCGAAACACAUGAAACGGGCACCACAAACACGUCAACACAGGCGUCCUCAAACAUGGGCAUAGAGACCAACACAGUACAGAGAGUAUGUUCCAACCCACCAUGCGAAACACACGAAACCGGCACUACCAACACAGCUACACAGGCAUCUUCAAGCAUGGGCAGUGCGGAGACUAACACUGUACAGAAAGUGUGUUCCAACCCGCCUUGUGAGACCCAUGAAACCGGCACCACCAACACAGCUACACAGGCAUCUUCAAGCAUGGGCAGCACAGAAACCAACACUGUACAAGGAGCGUGUUCCAAAUCAGCUUGUGAGAGCCAUGAAACCGGCACCACCAACACAGCCACGCAGGCAUCUUCCAGUAUGGGCAGCGCAGAAACCAACACAGUACAGAGAGUGUGUUCUAACUCGCGUUGUGAGAGCCAUGAAACCGGCACCACCAACACACCCACGCAGGCCUCUUCCAAUAUGGGCAGCGCAGAAACCAACACCGUACAGAGAGUGUGUUCUAACCCGCCAUGUGAGACCCACGAAACCGGCACCACUAAUACACCAACACAGGCUUCAUCCAACAUCGGCACAGGACAAAAUGGCAUGGUGCAGAGAGUGUGUUCCAACCCGCCGUGUGAGACACACGAGACCGGCACCACCAACACAGCCACUACUGCCACCAGCAGCCUCGAGUCACCCGAAGGAACAGCGCAACAGAGCGGUGACGGACAAGACGCCAGCACCAGCGCCGAGGCGACUUCGUUGACCGAAUCUGCUAAUCCCCCGAUUCAGAGCAGAGCCAUCACCACUGUGACGCAGGCCACGCCCACCCCAGGACCCUCUGUUCCUGAAAUCUCAUCCAUGGCAGGUUCUGCUGCUGUAGCGGAGGGCUCUGGUGAAGCUGAGGCAAUGGACCAUGGAGACUCUGAAGCAGUAGCGAUGGGAGAGGAGCCCAUGCAAACUGAGGCUGAACUGGGUGCCGAUGGAGCUGUUAGUGUUGUUGCUAUCGAGGAGGGUGCUUCUGGUGAAGCGGGCACCAUGCUGCAGGUUCACGUUGCCAUGGAAGCACAGCCAGGACAGGGAGAGCAGGCUGAGAUGGACCAGGGUGGUGAGGGUGCAGAAGCUGUGGCUCUGGCAGGGCAGGACUCUGAGGCCUUGGCGCUGCCUCAGGAACUAAUGUCAGCCGAGGGGCAGCAGGCCACGUUGAUGGUGACAGGACUGACCCCGGAGGAACUUGCCGUCACUGCUGCAGCAGAAGCCGCUGCUCAGGCUGCAGCCACAGAAGAGGCCCAGGCACUCGCCAUACAGGCUGUGCUGCAGGCAGCCCAACAGGCCGUGCUCAAUGAAGGAGACUCUGGACAGGACGGUCAACAGACCACCACAAUUCCUAUCGUACUGACGCAACAGGAACUGGCUGCUCUGGUUCAGCAGCAGCAGCAGCUCCAGGAGGUUCAAGCAGCAGCAGCAGCGGCAGCAGCCGCCGCCUCUGCCCAGCAAAUGGCGGCCGAAUCGAGCGCAGCUCCUUUGCCCACCGAGGGCCUGGCACCUGCGGACAGCCUCAACGACCCCACGACCGAAAGUAACGGUCAUGAGAUGGCUUCUGCAGUAACUGGAGCUGUAGCUCAGCUUCUACCCAGCACUUCUGCAGAGACUUUGGCUCCUUCAAGUACACUUGCCCCAGCCCAGCCCAUGGUGGUUGCCAGCCCUGCCAAGAUACAGGCUGCCACUACGCUUGCUGAGGUGGCCAAUGGCAUCGAGUCUGUAGCUGGGAAGCCAGGAGCACCGCCUGCAGUUGUGAAACCGCCAGUGAAGAAAGAAAAUCAGUGGUUUGAUGUCGGAAUAGUCAAAGUGACCAACAUGGUCGUCACACAUUAUUAUGUCCCAGCAGAUGAUUCAGAAGUCACCGAUGAUGAUUCUGGGGCCAUACCAGACUACAGUCAAAUGAAGAAGGUGGAGCUCUCUCCUGGCACCGCUUACAAGUUCCGUGUGGCCGGAAUCAACGCUUGUGGCCGUGGAACGUUUUCUGAAGUGUCCGCGUUCAAGACUUGUUUGCCCGGUUUCCCUGGAGCACCGUGUGCCAUUAAAAUUAGCAAGAGUCCUGAUGGUGCGCACCUCACCUGGGAACCUCCAUCAGUGACGUCAGGGAAGAUCAUAGAGUAUUCCGUCUACCUGGCCAUCCAGAGCUCUCAGACGACCGAGGCAAAACCAUCUGCCCCGGCUCAGCUGGCUUUUAUGCGGGUGUACUGUGGGCCAAACCCUUCCUGCCUAGUCCAGACUUCCAGCCUGUCCAAUGCUCACAUUGACUACACCACCAAACCCGCCAUCAUCUUCCGCAUUGCCGCCCGCAAUGAGAAGGGCUACGGCCCUGCUACGCAAGUCAGGUGGCUACAAGAAACGAGUAAAGAUGGAUCUGCUGCCAAACCUGCAGCGAAGAGACCGGUUUCAUCUCCUGAUACGAAAGGUACCGGUCCGAAAAAGGCGAGAGCCGACCAGUGAGAGAUUUUGACAUGCCCCUCCCCCUUUGAGACCAAGACCCCUGACCGAACUACUUCCUGCUGAAUGCCCUCCCCAGCCUUAUUAAACCCACAUCCCCUACCACUUCCUACUUAACAAGAUAUGACAGUGGAGGGGAAAGGAGGAAGAUCACGAUAAUCUGUUUGUGCCCUACCCCAAUCAUCACUGGACAUCCUGGUGCCAUGGACGCCUUAUCGCUUCGACUGUGUUAAAAUGAAACCGUAUUAUAAAUGUUUCUUCUUCAGACAAACAGUUAAAAGCACAUUCUUUUUGCUUUGUCCUGGAAGUUGUGUGAUAAAUUUCCAAUGGCAGCAUUCAGUCAAGUUAACUGUUGUUUUCUGUAGUUCGUUUUUUUUUUUUUUUUUUUCCCCUUCAUGUUCCUUUAUUUUAUCUUACAAGCAAUAGAUAAAAAAAACAAAACAAAACAAAAAACAACUUUGCUCUUCUGCCAGUUUUUUAAGUCUGUAUAUUUCAGUUGGACACAGACGGUCGGAGGACGGUAACUGGAGGGAGAAAGCCGACAAUGAAGCUACACCUGGAAAUCCAUUGAAGGAUGGGAAGGGGGGGAAAAGCAACAACACAGCACUUGGUGAUGCUUCUGAAGAAGAAAAAAAACCCUUCAUUUUAAGACAUCUGUAAUUGUAUAUUCAAUCCAAGUCCAGUAGCCUGUUAUUACAUCACUGUGUUUUCAUUCAUAGCAAAGAGGGAAUUGGAGAAUUGGGAAUUGUAUUUUGUACCGAAGAUGUAAGGACUGAUCCUUGUAGAUGGGGAGGCAUGUGACCUUUUUUUUUUUUUUUUUUUUUUUUUUUUUUUUUAAUGCAUUGAAAUGCAUCUUGUAUAAAGAAAGAAGGGUGGGAUGGGGGAAUCCCAUAAAUAGUAAGAAGUGAAGCAGAAGCUCGCUGUGUGUGGUUUAUUUUUGUAUUUUUUUGUUUAGUUUUUUUAAACAGAAAACAAUGUUCCCCUGAUCCCGUACGUGUGCAUUCGCUCAGUUUUAAAAACACGUUUCCUGCUCAUUCCUGUAGUCUCUGUGUCUUGUGGGAUCCUGUGGCCAGUUGUCCCGUGUGCUGCGGAAUUUUCUACUUCCCACCUUAAGUAAUAUUUCAGACAACGAUUCACAAAUUAAAGAUUGAAGUGAACUUUUUCUACUCACUUUGGUGAAAGACUACCCACUUAAAACAAGCUUUAGCGUACUACAUGGUUUCUUUCUUUCUUUCUUUCUUUAUUUCUUUAUGUAUUUUCCCUCCCAUCUUGUAUAUUGUUGUUCAUUUAAAGGAGUGUGUUGCUGAAAGGCUGUUUGUUCUCCUUUUGUUUUUUUUGUUUUUUUUUUUCCUUUUUCUGUUAACCUUUUCACUAGUCCAUAGUUUAUGUAAACAUUUUUGAGUUUCUGUGGAUAUAUAUUUUUUUUUUUUUCCCCCUCCAUACUUUUUAUUUUUUUUUGUGAGCUGGUUUAGAGGUAAAAAGCAAAACUUUGGUAUUCUUCUCCUUGUGGUGAAAAUGUCAAGCGUUUUCAUUCACCGUGGGGCAGUUGAUUUAUUUUUUUAAUUAUUAUUUUCUUUUCUUGAGCAGAUGGUUUCGGGGUGCAGGGUACAGAUGGAUUAACAGUGUCGGAUUGAGAUUGCUGACACGGGAUGAGUUUAAUCAUCGUGUUCAGUUCGAUGAUGCUCAAUUCCGAUCCUGGACCAGCAUGCUUGCUCUGAAACGUUUGCAUUACAACCCCCAGUUUCUAGAAUGGUGUUUGACUGAAAAGUGGACCGGUAUGUUUCUGAAUGAAUGGAAAAUGAGAAACAUUGGUUUGCUUUUUCUGACAAUUUGUGAGUGAUGGAUUAUUGGCACAGCCAGCGUUUGAACUCAGUUGUAAAUUAGUUCUUUCACGUAGCAAGAAGUAAAACAAAACUCCGCCUUUUUAUAUAAUUAUCUGUAACAAAUGUUUUUACAUGUUGUCAUCUAUUGAUUGCUUUUGUGUCUUGACAUAUAAAAGUAAUGGAAAUCUG